GAUUGUCGGCAAAACUUCGCGUCAAACGAGGACAAUUCUACAAGUUCGAAACGUUGACUUGAAGUUCCGGUAAGUGCUUGUGGUUUUGAUAUAAAUCAACGCUACUCUUGUGAUUUGAUUAGAAAGUUUGUCAAGAACAAAAGAUUUUGUUUGAAAUCUUUUGAAAAACGAUGAGAUGGCUAAACACCUCUAUACCUUUUGUGAUUUUGUUGGCGUUAGGAUACUAUACAAGAUUAGCUGCCAGUCUUAGCCUCUUUAACAGAUAUCCUGAAAACUAUGACGAUGAAAAUCAUCUAGAUCGGAAUACUAUUGAAGAAUAUCAAUACGCAAUAAGGCCAAGGAAAAUGGAGGAUGAGAGAUUAGAAGAAGCGAUGCGAGUUCUAAGUAAACUGUUGAUUCUCCCAUGGCCCAGUGGUGAAAGCCCUUUUAUAUAUAUUGAAAGUCCAAGGAAACCAAUAUAUAACGAAAAUACCAAUAUACCUGAUAUUAUUGGAGAAGACGGCGAUGGUAUAGGGCCUACCCCAUCGAAGAGGAUGAGAUAUUAUAGAAAAUAUCCAUGGAAAAGGGAAAAUAUGGGAUAUGAUCCUGAAAAUCCCUUUGUAUGCUACCCGUCAAAAUCGGAAAUUCAUCGAUUAUUAGUAGCUCUACACGAUACUCGAUACAACGGAUACAAAGGAUCUCCUGUAGAAUUUUGCAGCAGAAAGCGACCCGCGCAUACUAUUUUAACCAAUAUGCAUUUUAGUGGAAAAUAAAAAACACAUAUCAAGAUUACCUUACAUCUAUCAUACGGAAAUUUUAAUAUCUACGUGGAAAAUUUGUGAUUACGAAUAGAGUGUACAUUAUGGUUCUACUUGGAUUUUGUUUUUGUAAAAUCUAUCAACUAUUAAAAUGAGUUGUUCAUUAUAAACAUUGAGUCUCAAUCUCAAUAAACUUUUUGAUAUGUUUUCGACAGAAAUGGAACGAAAACUCAAUCAAAUUCUGUAAAAUUUAUAAGCACUUAAUUUUUUUAUGAUAUGUGGUUAUUGAAAUACCAAUUAAAAGUUUAUUACUUUUACUUACGAAAAGUUUUGUAUAUAGAUAUACUAUAACUUUUUCAGUCUCAAUAGCACCAAACACGAAAUUUUGGAUUUGAAAACUCAUUUAACAGAUAAAAAAUUCUCACCCACCUUUGAUUGCCUUGAUAAUAAUUCUUGUCUACAGAAUUUUAUUCCGAUACCAGUAAUCAGUUGAUCGAUGUCGAGGUAAUUUUUAUUUGCAGUUUUCCAAGUUUCCGCAGACAAUUCAAUAACUUUCAUCUCAAAUCAAUUUUAUCUUUUAAAACGUUCCGACUUUACUUACUUUAUAUCCAAUUUGUUCUCAAGUUAAAUGUUUUUUAUCAAAUGCCAUAUUUCUAUUUUCUUUCAAUAACUAUCGCCAGUAGUUAUUCAAGCUUAUUGAUUUGUGUAUUCCGAAAACAUACUUGAAUAAAUUAUAUACUGUAAAUAAGUCCGAACAACUGGGUCCUUCAUGUCAUAAACUCAGGGAUUCCUAUGAUGACCUCAUACUAGUCCAAACCCGGGAAGAUCUUCCUACCAACCUAACCAAAUCUACGACUGCUCGCUGCUUAUUAUAUUUCAAUGGAUUUAGUAAAAGUGUCCGAUUAAUUAUUUUCCGUGUUUUUAUCACAUGUAGUUCCAUAGAUUUAACUCCAAAUGCUUUUCGCUGAUUCUUGAAAGCGCAAAUUUCUUGUGGAAGUUACGAACCACUAGCUAUCAAUUUUUACGAAUUAGCGGUUCCUCUAGUAGUACUUUUUUCUGUUGUUUCUUCAUAUGUAUCCUUACUGCUUGUCGUAGUUCCGAUGUUUCCUCGGUUCUAGAUUCCGUAAUCUUCCCUGGUGUAUUCCGUUAUCUUAAUAUUGAGGUAGCCCAAAUUUACUAAGAUCUGCUGGAUCCUGCUGCAUCAAGGGGAGCUCAGCUCUUACCUUAGACCGAUGUUUUGUAGGGCUUGUGAGUUUUUUGUGAUUAUUCUUGACAGUUUAUUUCAUACGCUGUAGAUACAUACAGCUUGAUGAGAAUAAUCGUGAUCCUGAUAAGGUCACCUCCAGCUUGGAUCAUUCGUCUUUAGAUGAGUACUACCAGUCAUCUUGUAUCCUUGAACGUUGGUCCUCCGUAUAGGAUGACUUUCAGGUAUUUCUUUUCCUGUUAUGUUCACGUUGUCUUCUGGUAUCUUUCUGUGUUUUUUUUUUUGAACAGAAAUUAUUAAAUAUUUUCUACGUUAUCGUUUACUUUCCACGUUAUAUAAUAAUCGAUUAGAUUUAUGGCUAAGCCUUAACGUUAUCAUUGCUAGUUUUAUUUGAGGUGCAAAUUGUCACCAGUAAUAUUUCAAUGUCAUUAUGCCUAAGUAUACCACAAUAAUUCCAUCAGUCUGAUUUCGCAGGCUUGGUAGCAAAUCUUAAUUAUGUUUAUUCAUUAAUUUAUGAGUUAUAUACUUCGCAUUUAUGAAAUGUUUCAAUAACACUCAUUAACUUAAAAAAUUGAAAGUAUUUGUGAUUGAAUGGACUCAAAAUGCACGAAAAUCAUAUAUGAAAAUAAUGUUUGAAAUGUCACUCCACUUUAAAAUUAAGACUGUUAGUUAAGUGAAGUUUCGUCUUUAUAAUAUUGUACUCAUUAAACCUGUUAAUAAAUGUAUGUGUGAAGAAUGAGCAUCAAUAAAUGUUGUUUUUGUUUAUUGAUAUAA